AAUCGCUUAUCCGGGAUCCUUGCAUGGCAACGAGCGAUCAUCGAAAAGAAGCAGCAUAAACCGAUAGAAACGCUUAAAACUGUUUACGGCGUGAAAAAGAACAGACCGGAUUAUAAAAUUAGGAAACAAAUAUACAAGACAAUAUAAAUGUACUAUUAGGUAUGACGGUAUGUCAAUCAAGUUGAAGAGGAGCGAACAUAGUAUGCCUUCCAACGCGAUGUUACCUCACAUCUCUCAGACACAGUCCGUCGGUGGCGGACAGUCGCAGAUUAAAGUGACACAGUUAUUCGAUGACAAGUCUGGAAGUGAACAACUUCAGGGUCACGGCCUUCCACAGGUCAGGCCCCCAAGUUCGGCAGCCAGUGCCGGUUCAAAAGGUUCUUUGAAGAGGACUCAUGCAGUAGCACCAGGUACAGCUAUGAAGAAUUUCAUGCAUAAGAUGACCGCCUAUGAACAUCACGAAAUAUUCUCCUACAAUCAAAUCUAUUUUGUUGGCCAAAAUUCAAAGAAGAGACAGGGUAUUGUUGGUGGAUCGCAAAAUAAUGGCUACGACGACGAACACGGUUCCUACCUACACGUUCCUCACGAUCAUAUAGCCUACAGAUAUGAAGUUCUAAAAGUUAUUGGUAAAGGAUCUUUUGGGCAGGUUAUCUAG